AUGUCAUCAUCAUCAUCAUCUGAUGAUGUCGACGAAAGAUUGGAUGAUAUUAUCGACGAAAUCGUCGAAGAUACAUACAAUGAUAUUGUGGAGCCCCAACCGAAUAAUCGACGGAGACGUGCUUAUGUAGAACGAUAUCGUGAAGGAGGCCAUAACCGUUUAUGGAAUGACUACUUCAGCGUAGACGCGACGUACUCGGCACAGUUCAGACGGCGUUUUCGCAUGAAUAAGGAUUUAUUCACGCGUAUUGUCUAUGAACUCUCAGAGAACAUUCCGUUCUUUCAACAUAGACAAGAUGCAACCGGGAGGUUUGGUCAUACACCGCUUCAAAAAUGUACGGCAGCAAUUCGUCAGCUUGCUUAUGGUUCUGCAGCUGAUGCGGUUGACGAGUAUCUCCGAAUUGGUGAGAGCACUGCACUUUUGUGUUUACAUAAGUUCACUGAUGGAAUCAUCCGGUUGUUUGGACAAGAGUAUCUACGAAGACCCUCACCGGCGGAUCUUCAAAGACUUCUCGAUAUUGGAGAGACACGAGGGUUUCCUGGGAUGGUCGGGAGCAUUGACUGUACCUUAAACGAUCUCAAUGUCCUCGAUCGGUCUCCUGUUUUUGAUGACAUUUUAGAAGGUCGUGCCCCUAGGGUAAAGUACGUGGUCAACGGGCAUCGAUAUAAAUUGGCGUACUACCUCACAGACGGGAUAUAUCCAAAAUGGUCAACAUUUAUCCAAUCUAUUACACUCCCCCAAACUCCUAAACAAGAAUUAUUUGCUAAAGUUCAAGAAGCAACCCGUAAAGAUGUGGAGCGGGCUUUUGGAGUUCUACAAGCCCGGUUUGCGAUUGUAAAAAACCCGGCUCUUUCAAUGAACAAGGCAAAGAUAGGGAAGAUUAUGAGAGCAUGUAUCAUACUACACAACAUGAUAGUCGAAAAUGAACGAGAUGGAUACAUUCGUUAUGAUAUUUCAGAAUUUGCAGAAGGAAACGUCACCAGAAGUUCAGAGGUCGAAACCGAGAGGCCUACAAAUCUGAAUAAUAUGUUUCCCAAUCGGAAUGAUCUUCGUGAUAGGCAAAUACAUGAACGAUUGAAGAAUGAUUUAAUCGAAAAUAUUUGGAACAAAUUUGGUGAAGAAGAUUAA